CCACUCGCCUCCCCGCCCGCCAUGUCGAGCGAGGAGAGCUACUUGGCCAUCCUGCGCUACUUGACCAACGAGCGCGAGCCUUACGCGCCGGGCACCGAGGGCAACGUCAAGCGCAAGAUCCGCAAGGCCGCCGCCUGCUAUGUGGUACGCGGAGGGACCCUUUACUACCAGCGCCGGCAGCGGGACCAGCAGCGCUUCGCCGAACUCGAAGUGGUGCUGCAGGCCGAACGUCGCGGCCGCCUCAUUCGGGCAGCCCACCUGGAAACGGACGGUUCCCACCGGACCCGCUUGCAGACUUGGCAGCGCCUCUCCAGGCGCUAUUGGUGGCGAGGUAUCCUGAAGCAAGUUAAAGAUUAUAUUAAAGAAUGUAGCAAAUGCCAGGAAAAAUUAGAUCGUUCUAGAUCAUUGUCAGACCCUUCUGAAAUGUUGGAAGAGCUAGGAUUAGAUGCAAUAUCUCAUGAAGAUAGUAAUGAAACAGAUGAUGAAAUAAAUAAUGCCACAUCACUGCCAGCAGCAUCACCAAAACCAGUGAAAAAGAAACCAAUAGCCAAGCACGAACUUGUAUUUGUUGACAGUAAAGGUCUCGUGAAACAAUCUUCUCCAAAACAUUCUCAAACAAUUUUGAAUCAGUUGAACCAACAGCGGCUUUCUAGUCAGUUCUGUGAUGUUACCUUGCUGAUUGAGGGAGAAGUGUACAAAGCACACAAAUCUAUUUUGGCAGCCAACAGUGAAUACUUCAGAGAACUUUUUAUUGAAAAGGGAGCUGUUUCCAGCCAUGAAGCAGUAGUAGAUCUUUCAGGAUUUCGGAAGGCCAGUUUCCUCCCUUUGCUAGAAUUUGCUUACACUUCAGAAUUAAUUUUUGAUUUUUGUAACAUGGCAGCUGUAGCUGAGCUAGCUCAGCAUCUUCUCAUGACAGAGGUCUUGGAAAUCUGUGAAAAUGUACACAAACAGAUGGAAGAUAAACAAAUCACCGUAUACCAGAAAGGAGAUGUUCAAAUAGUAGAGGUAGCUCAAACUACUUUAGAGCAGAAUGAAAAUGAAGCUAAUCCUGUUGCCAGCACCGAGCAAGCAAUAUCUACUGAAGAUCCAGUAGCAACUGUGAAUGGAACAGCUUCAAAUACCGAGGCAAAAGAGAUAGCUGUAUCUGAAACUGCAUUGCAAAGUGUUUCAGAGCCUCUUGUGAAGAAUCCUCCUGAGCUCCCGGUGCAUACUCCUGCGCUGGAAACAAUAGAGAAUGAAGAGAAAGCCCCAGAGAUGGAAUGUUCCACAAAUCAAACUAUAACUGUGGUGCAAACUGAGCCUUCAGUAGCAGAGCAAGUUGUUGUUAGUACUCAGGCUGAAAAUGAAGCUGAUAAAAAUAUAAAUGGAGAUCAAAAUGUGAACAGUGAACAUAAUGUGAGCAGCGAAACAAAUGCAGAAGUUGCUGCUGAGAAUUCCCAGGAAGGACUUAAGCGAAAACGUGGUAGGCCUUGUAAAAUACAGGAUAUUCCACAGUCACAAUCAGAGACCACAACUUUUAGUCAAGAUGAUACUUAUAAAAGCAAGCUUCGCCAGCGAUCUGUUAGUGAGGGUGGCUAUAUUCGACUGCACAAAGGUACUGAGAAAAAACUACAGAACAGAAAGCCAGCCCUCAAAUCAGCUAUUCAGCAGGUUGCUAUGAAGCUAGUGCAAAGAGGCAAGAAGAUGAAGCAACCCAAAAGAGAGAUUAUAGAACACACUGAGGCAGAAGCUCAACACAAAUGCAGUGAAUGUGGGAUGGUUUUCCAGAGACGUUAUGCUCUUAUAAUGCACACACUGAAGCAUGAAAGGACGAAAAAUUAUAAAUGCCCACUAUGCAAAAAAGAGUUCCAGUACGGUGCUUCACUGCGAGCUCACCUUGUUCGUCAUACCCAAAAAAAUGAAGUGACUGUUGCAACUGCUAAUACAGAAGAAAGUGGUGCUGCCAGAAAGGGAAGAACUAAACGAGAAUUUAUCUGUGAUAUAUGUGGAAGAAGUUUGCCUAAACUUUAUUCUUUGCGAAUCCAUAUGUUGAAACAUACAGGUGUAAAGCCACAUGCAUGUAAGAUUUGUGGAAAGUCAUUUACCUACAAACAUGGUUUAAAGAUGCAUCUUGUGUUGCAUGAGGCACAAAAGCAGUUUAAGUGUGAAUUGUGUGACAAGUCCUUUGUCACAAAAAGAAGCCUUCAGGAGCAUGUAAGCAUUCACACAGGAGAAUCAAAAUACUUCUGUUCACACUGUGGAAAAUCUUUUCAUAGAGCUUCAGGGCUUAGUAAACACUUAAAGAAACACCAGCCCAAACCUGAAGUCCGUGGCUAUCAAUGCAACCAGUGUGAGAAAAGUUUCUAUGAACCUCGGGAUCUCCGCCAGCAUAUGAACAAACAUCUUGGAGUGAAACCUUUUCAAUGUCAGUUUUGUGGGAAAUGCUAUAGUUGGAAGAAGGAUUGGUAUUCUCAUGUAAAGUCACAUUCUGUUACUGAUCCAUACAGGUAUAUAAAGGGCCUCAUUGUCUCUCUGAGCCUUCAAGAAAAUAUUAGCUUUUUAAUACUAGUUCUCCACUUUCACUUGUCCUUACUUUCAGAAAUGGUAAGCAUCUUAACAUUUUUUAUCGCAAUAGUCUAUUCAAAUGCUAGAUUUAAAAGGUGGGGAUUUUUUAUUCUUGUACUUUAUCAAGCUGUUAUUUUCCUCGUGUUUAGAUGCAAUGUGUGUGGCAAAGAGUUCUAUGAAAAAGCUUUGUACAGAAGGCAUGUUAAAAAAGCCACUCAUGGGAAGAAAGGGAGAGCAAAACAAAAUUUGGAACGUAUUUGUGAACAUUGUGGGAGAAAAUUUACCCAGCUUCGGGAGUACAGAAGACAUAUGAACAACCAUGAAGGUGUUAAACCUUUUGAGUGUCUAACUUGCGGUGUUGCAUGGGCUGAUGCACGUUCCUUAAAACGUCAUGUAAGGUCACACACUGGAGAAAGACCUUAUGUGUGUUCAAUAUGCAAUGAAGCCUACAUAGAUGCCCGUACCUUAAGAAAGCACAUGACUAAAUUUCAUCGGGAUUAUGUACCUUGUAAAAUCAUGCUGGAAAAGGACACUCUUCAGUUUCAUAAUCAGGGGACUCAAGUCGAACAUGCCAUCAGUAUUUUAACAUCUGAUGUGCCAGAACAAGAAACAGAGGUCUGUACCGAAGAGAUCGAGACUGUAGUAAUCACUGAAGAAACACUUGACACUGUUGCAGCUACUGAAGAGUGUUCAACAGUUUCUACUCUUUCUGACCAAAGUAUCAUGCAAGUUGUCAAUUAUGUAUUAGCACAACAACAAGGACAGAAAGUGGCAGAGGUUACAGAAGCUAUUCAAACAGUAGAAGUAGAAGUGCAGCAUGUUUCUGAUCAAGACUGAAUACAAAUAUUCAUUAAUGUAGAACCCUGGCAAAAUGGCAUUUAAUUAACAAAAUAUUAACAGUUUGGCUGGACUUUUAUAGUAAUUUCAGGAUCCUCUUCUGAGUUUUGUGAAAAAAACAUAUCUAUAAUUAAAAAGUAAAUUCACCUGAUAAGUAAUGGACUUGCCCUAAGACUACUGCACCAGAUGUAAAUGCUUAGUUUUAAAAAAAAAAUCCUGUAAAAUAAAACCAUUUUAUGUGAUGGUGAUAGUUACAAUGUAAUUUUUGACACAAUUAUUUUUUUGUUGAGCAUUUAAUAUACCAAAGAUUUGUGCCACUCAUUUUCAGAUUGUAGCUGUAUGAAAUUCAAGGAAGAGUAUGAUCUACAAAAAUUAUGAAUGUUAUUAAUAGAGAUAAAUAAUGUAGUAUAAUAUAUUUAUUUAGUCAAAAUCUCUGUAUAGUUUUCUUUAAGUACAAAAACAGUCUGGAUGGCAUAGACUUUCUUACAGAACAAAGUUUCCUUAAGAACUAUUUCUAUAUUAUUUUAAAUUAUAAUCAAAUGCAUUUCUGCAGUAGGGCAGUCUGCAUUAAACUAUAGGCAGUUAUGAGAGAGAAACUGGGCAGUAUCAGCUAAGCACAAAACAUCCUGCAUUUCCUGUUUUGCUUUACCUAUUCUGAAAAAUACUUCUGGGAUUACAUGUUUUGAGAUUAGCUAAAGUAUUUGUAUAUAUCAUGUAUAAACUGAUAAAAAUUGGUUCAGUUUAGAAUGAACUAAAUACAAAUGCUGUAUAUAAGAAAAACUGGAUUGCUUAAAUUUAUUUCUGUUCACCAUGAAGGUCCUAAAGUUUUAGCUUUUGUAUUGUCCUGAUGUUUAUAUAAUAUUCUGUUUUAAAAUUUAAGUAAUUAUGUGGAUUAAAGUUUGUGAAAAACAAACCAAAAAUUACCUAUUAUAGUUAAUGCACAACUUUGCAAAUAAUAGCAAAUAGUGGUAUUCCAUAUAGUAUGUAAUGUUUUUAUUAACUCAGUUAUCCCUACUUGCCAAUAAAAUAGCUUCAUGAGCAAAAAA